AUUUUGGAAGAGCUCUUCGUGCUUUGCUAGGGUUGGGGGGUGGUAGAGAAGCGGAGAAGUGGAAGAGCGUGCUGUGGUAGGGUUCGGUUGAUAGAGAAGGCGAGAACUCCAUGGGUGCCACUUAAUCGGAGGGUGUGGCUGCACUUGUUCCUAAAGGUGAUGUUGAUGGUGAAAUUGGUGAUGCUCACAUGAAUUAAUGAGUCAGGCACUUAGAAAAUUGAGGCAUGCCUUAUCACAGACAUAACAUAUCUCUUUUCCAUCCUUUUUUUCAAGUCAAAGCAUAGAGAUAGUUGGAACAAUCAUUAUGGAAGAACAGGUUUAUGCACGACAUUCAUGCAGGACAAAAUACUUGGCACAUGUGAAUACAUUAUUAACGGAUGUGCAGAAGACGUUUAUACAAAGAACUCCUUUUGGAUGGCUACUGUCCAUUGAUGUGGAAGCCAAAAUGAAUGUGGGCAAUGGAACAUGUUUUAUUUGGUCAGAAGAAGUUGGCUAAAAGAAAAAGUUGUUUACCUAGAAUUCUUCAUUGGAUUCAUGUUAAGGUUGGUGAAGUAGAAGUUGAAAAAGCCUUUUUGUGUAAUGAAAUGAUUACUGAGGUAUAUGUAACCAAGGAAGAGAUGGCUACUGAAAUUGUUAAAGAAGCCUUAGAUGAUCAUCAUAAUACUAGAGUGAAGCAGAACUACGGAAGGAAAUCUUUAGCUGAUAUUGUUGCUGAGAAUGAAGCUCUGCGUGCUAUCAUUGGUGACCAAGAGGCAUCCAUUGUCGAGCUUGAGAAAUUAAUAGAGAAGCUACAAAUGUUUGCUGCACAAAAGAGGCAACAAUCUGCUGAUGUUGGGAACUGUUAUUCAAAUAAAGAUUAUGACAUUGUAGUUGAUGGUUUUGGGACCACUAAUUCAGAGGAAGAUUAUGAGGUUUUUGACAUUACACCUGAUGCUGGUGGAAAAAGUGUCCAUGAAGAGAGUGGUGAUGUUUUAGGUGAUGAAGAGAUGGAUAUUGAAAAAUCUAACAUGUCCACGCGUUUAAAAGCUCAACCUAGGAAGCGUGUGAAAAGUCUAGCUUUGAAAACCACUUGGACAAAGUUAGAUAGGAAAAAUGCCAGGCACUAAUCAAAUAAAGGGUAUGCCUUAGGAUGGAGGGGUGGAAGCUGGUAUGCAACUAAGAAGUUCAGAAAGGAGCAAAUGAAAAUGCUAGGACAGAUUACACCUAGAAGAUGGCAAUUGCUUGGGAAGAUAAAACCUAAAGGGU